AUGUGGGCCGGGCGAAUGGUUACCGCGCCACACCCUUUGUUGCUGCCUACUGGACAUUUUCCCAUGGGGGGGAAUGCAUCUUGUGAAGCUCUUCUGCCUCCGCCUGGCUUGGGUCUCCAACCUGGAUGCCGCCCAGGGGAAAAGAUUCGCAGAUGCAUCCACAAGCGGAGCAGAAACCCAUCUCCAGCCAAGCAAGUGCGAGAUGCAACACGCCAGAUGCUCUUUCUUACAAGGACGGCACCAGGGAAAGAUGCCAAGCCAGCAGCAGAAAGUAACGAGCGGAUUGGGUCAGUUUUAGCUUCAGCCGUUGAUUCUGUGCUACUGGGGAUGCGGGGUGUUUUGCACGAAGCAUUCUUGGGCUGUGCCGGCCCGAUCGCCGGCCGAAUGGCCAGAUGCCGCAAUCUCUUCCCUUUGCCCUUGUUGACAUCAUGGCCGGACAGUAUUGAAGUGGAACCUUUGAUUGUUGAUGCUGCCCUUCUCCUGGCGAAUGUUGGGAUUGUCAGCCUCAACUUUUUGCGGUGUGACUUCAAGAUUUCCCGUCUAAAAGGGGCGGCUAGAGGCCCAGCAACAGCAGCGCAACAAGAGGCUUGCAACCAUAUUGCCAGGAGGGGCAGGGACAUGCAACCCAGUGUUCACAUGCCGGAGUUUCUGCAGACGGCGGUGCAGCACCCCCGUGCCAUUUUCCCAGAGCAAGCAACCUGCUUGGCAAGGUCGCCGCUAGACCCCUUAUCUACAAAGGAGUACUUGAGACUGGUGGUGCGAGAGCUCGCGUGUGGCAAAUUGCGGUUGCGACGGCAGGUGGCUGCCAGUGCAGCAGUUUUUGCAGCCAGAAAAACGGCACCCGGGCGACAACGCAAGAUUUGGAAUGGCUCUCAACUUUCUGAACUUGCAGCUAGACCGCCCAAGCCGGAGCGCUUAGCAGAUCCAUCCACUUUCUUGGACAUUGUGUCGGAAGUCAACAGUGGUUGGACUUUGGACAUACUUUGCACCUUUGUGGAUGACUUGGGCGGAUCGCGCCUCACCGAGGAUAUGAUGCUACACCCUGCGCAUGCCGUGUGGCCUAUGGGCUUCAGUUGGUCCUCGGCAGUAGCCCAAAGUGUAACCUUAUCCGUGGCAACAACCGCUGGAGUGAGUCGCGACAACAUCCUUUGCGCAGAUCGCCCUCCCCCGCAGGACCAAUCCGAACUUUGCUGGGUUGCGACGGAUGACACCGUGUUUGCCCACAGGGAUCUUAGCCUUGGCAAGCGCACCCUGGAGCAAUUCGACGCUGCUAUGGCAGAGUCCUGCAUUCCACGAAAGACAAGCAAAGAUGUCACCCUCACAGAGCACGUCACAGCUCUAGGUUGUGAUCUGUCCAGUCGUCCUCAUAUGGCAGAGCCCGCUGCAGCAAAGUUGGCAGCUUGUUUCUGCAGCUUGUUGGAUCGUCUGAAUCGGGGCAUGGCGUCCCCAAAAGCCGCCAAUGGCUUGCUGGGAGUUCUUCAAUGGUUUUGCUUGCUCCAGCGUCCGGCAUUCUCGGUUUUUGACAACAUUUAUGAGUUUGCCCGGCGACAGCCUCAGCACAUCCCACAAGAGCUCCCGAAACUUGUGAUGGUAGAGCUGGCGGUGGCAUGUGGUCUCCUGCCUUUGCUGGCAGUUAGCUUGGACCGGCCGUAUCAUGAAGAACUUUUGGCGUGCGAUGCUGCUCCUGAAUUUGGUUUUGGGGUGUGUGCUGCGCCUUGCAGCCAAGACAUAUUACAUCGCUUAGGUUGUUUGGCGGAAAGGCGCGGCGACUUUGUUCGGCUCUACCGAGAGGACGGGGAUGAGCCGGAGGUACCGCGCCUCGGUACUCCACACCGCCUCAACAUGCCCAAGCAUUCCUUCAAGACUGUGGUGAGCUCUCGUGCCAAGUGGGGUGCCCAUUCUGGCGUGCUCGAAGCGCACGGUUUGCUGUUGGUGCUCAAAUGGGUUGGCCGAAAUUGGCGGAAACAUCACAAGCGGCUUGUGGUACUGGUAGAUGCCAAAGCCGUGCUUGGCGCCGCUGCGAAAGGACGCAGCUCUGCACCAGCACUGCGGGGCGUCAUCAGGGCCAUAGCUGCUCACAGUUUGGCGUCAGAUUUGUUGCUCCGGUUGGUUUACGCGCCAUCGGAAGACAACCCAGCAGAUGCACCAUCCCGAG